UGACAAAAUGGAACCCACCAGCAGUGUGAGGAGACCUGAAAGUGGCACAUGGCAGAGUGUGGCGAUGGAGACAGCAGCAAUGGGAGGCCGUACAGGGACCCAUGACACACUCUGGACCUGGCAGCAGCAUGAGGAGGCGGUACAGGGGCCCAUGACAGAUUACGGGCCUGGCAGCAGCAUGAGGAGUCGUGCGAAUCAGCCAGCAUCAUCAUCAAUUAGGGUCUCACCAGCCUCACUACUAGCCCCCUCGGCUGCGUGGCAGUGUGGUCAGGAGACA